AUGGCAGUCGAAGCUUUUGAAUGCACUGCCGGUGGGAAGGGAGAGAACGUGUUGUGUCGGGUAAUUGGUCUCGGAAGCAACGUUGGAAAUCUGAAUCUGAGCGGCGUCUUGAACAACGCUGGAGGUUCGGGCAGCCAAAAUCUUAACUUGAAUGGCCUCCUCAAGGGACUUGGCCUCAAUAGCAACGCCGCUGGCAACCUCCUCAGGAGUCUUGGUGCCGACUCUAAUGGCAAUAUCUCGCCAGCUGAUCUCCUGAAAAGCCUUGGACUCAAUGGCCAACAAAACAUUAAUCUCGGCUCAUUUCUUCAGGGACUGAAUAGAGCUGCUAGGAAUGCAGGUAUCGACCUAAGUGGUGUUUUGAACGGCCUUACCAGUGUUGUCAACGGCCUCGCUAGUGCUACGCCAAAUGUCCCAGCAGGAAACGUCUCUCUUCCAGCAGUCGGUACCGGUUCAACAGGUGGUAUCCCAGCUUCAAAUUUGCAGGGAAUUGUCAACACCAUCACAAAUGGAAUCUUCAGAAAUGUGGUGGGAGGACUAGACGAUGCGACGAUCAAAGAUCUGAUUAAUAUUAUCAAGAAUUCCAAGGGCGACACUCAGCAAGCUACUAACGCUCUUAAUUUGUACGCCACCGCACAUGGCCUUGAUCCCAGCAAGCUCUUCCAGGCUUUGAAGAAUGUUUUGGCACUCGGCAGCUCAGACAGUAGCCUGGGUAAUGUCCUCGAGGGUUCUGGGGGCCUCCUCGGCGGCCUUGUGAACGCCCUUGAUGGGUUGACCAGCGGCAGGGGUGGACUUUCUGGAAUCGGUCUGCCCGGUUUGUUGGAUGGCGGUCUCAUCGGUGCCAUCACUGACAUUCUUGGGGGAGCUCAAGGAGUCACCAAUUCUUCAAUACCUGUCAAUCCUCCAGCAUCUGGGAACGCUCCGAGACUGACGGUCGCAGAGCUCAAGCAAUUACUUGACUUUGUCAAGAAUGCCACCAGCCAAGACACUGUCACAAAAGUCGUUAAAGAAUUUGCAGCCUCACACAAUCUUGACCCUGUGCAGCUUGCCCGUCUGCUUCGACAGCUUCUGAAUGCUGAAAAGGCAGGCAACACUCCGAGUCUACCUGUCAAUACAAUUAGUGUCCCUGUAGGGAAUGUUAGUAUCCUUAACGUUGCGCCUGUCUUGAAUGGAACCCUUGGUGCCGUGAACAGCACUCUGGGUAGCCUUACUGGAGGAACUCUUGGUGGAAUCAACCCAAAUGGUAGCCUUCCUGGCGCUUCGCUCAAUCUCGGUGGAUUGAACGGGACUCUUGGUGGAUUGCCGGGUGCUCUCACUGGAGCCCUUGGCAAUGCGGGAGGUCUCGGAGGUCUUGGAGGAUUGGGUGGUAGUCCUGGUUUUAUCGGCGGUCUCGCCGGUGGCCUUGGUGGCCUCCUUAGAAAUCUCUUGGCGCUGCUGGGCCUUGGAGGUGGUCUUGGAGGUGGUCUUGGAGGUGGUCUUGGAGGCCUUGGAGGCCUUGGGGGACUUGGGGGACUUGGAGGAAUAGGUGCUCCAGGCAAUCUUGCUCCAAACGUCCUAGGAUCCUUAUUGGGACUUGGAAACGGACUUGGCAACGGGACCGGUUUGGGUAACUUGACUGGCCUCAACUUGGGCAACCUGACUGGAUUGGCGAAUAACCUUACUGGCGUGAUCCCCGGUUUGGGAUCCGGACUCCCGAACCUGAACUUGACGGGAACUCUCGGUUCACUUGCUGGUAACGCGACUGGUGCACCUGGUACACUGGGCUUAGCUUUAUCUGGCGUGGGAUCCAACUUGGUAUCUGCUGCUUCCGGUCUGGGCUCAGCAGCAUUCAAUUUGACUUCAGCAGCGUCUGGCCUAGGAUCUAUUGCAACUGGCUUGGGGUCAGCGGCAGUAGGUUUGGGAUCGGCUGCUAAUGGCUUGGGAGCCGUUACUCCCAACUUGGGAUUAACUGUUGCUGGUUCAGGAUCUGCAGGCCUAGAUGUAGGUUCGAUCAUCUCUACCAUAGGAGCAACAGUCUCUGGCGCAGGAACCGGCGUGGGAUCUACCGUUGCGGGUCUAGGUUCAACUAUUUCCGGCUUGGGGUCGGCAAUCUCUGCCGCAGGUCUCUCUGCAGGGCUUACAGCUUCUGGAAGAUUGACUGUCUCGAGGCUGACUUCCCCAGGUUCCGUUUCCGUUGGGUCAGGCUCCCCAUCUAGUGGUACUGGCUCUGGCAUCAUCAACCUGAACUCAUCAAUUGGAAAUGGCCUUGGCUCCGCCUCUGUGCCCAGCUCUGGCGUAGGACUAUCUGCAGGACUUGCCACUACAGGUCCAUCCAACAGGACCGCUUUUGUUGUUGAGUCCAGCGACUUGGACGAGGAUGAGUCUCCCCGAUCCAACGUCAGACGCUCUCACGCAGCACAAUUUAGAUCUAGGCGGCAGCGGUUUGAAGAGUCUAGAGACUAGACGGCUACCACCGACCUCUUCGCAAGAAAUCAUGAUGAAUGGGAUAUCUGGGAGUUCUUUUAUGUCAAAGUUCACUUUUGUCGUUUGUUAGCCAGGAAGAUGGAACAUAAUCUUACGGAUUCAUCUAAGCACCUUGGAAAAGGCUACUAUUUGUAAU